UAGAGAACCCAGCCUCUGGUGCAUCCUGGGUAAUAAUAAAUAUGGUUCCAGGCGGUAGCGUGUGAGCCGCAAGAAGGUUUAAACUGAACAAUAAAAUAUUAAUAGAAAAGUCAUAUUGUACCUUUUAGACUCUUUUUUUUUAUCACCAUGGUGAAGUUAUCAGCGGAGCUUAUUGAGCAGGCGGCUCAGUAUACAAACCCGGUGCGAGACCGAGAGCUGGAUCUCAGAGGCUAUAAGAUUCCUGUUAUUGAAAAUCUGGGUGCCACUUUGGACCAGUUUGAUACCAUUGAUUUUUCCGACAACGAAAUCCGGAAACUCGAUGGCUUUCCCUUGUUGAAACGACUGAAAACCUUGCUGGUGAGCAACAACCGAGUGUGCCGCAUAGGGGAAGGUAUUGAACAGUCUCUGCCAGACUUGAGAGAAUUGGUUUUAACAAACAACAGCAUUCAAGAACUGGGUGAUUUGGAUUCUCUUGCAUCUAUAAAGACCUUGACCUUGCUCAGUCUCUUAAGGAACCCUGUGACAAACAAGAAGCAUUACAGACUGUAUGUGAUCAACAAGGUCCCACAAAUCAGAGUGCUUGACUUUCAGAAAGUGAAAUUAAAGGAGCGUCAGGAGGCGGAGAAAAUGUUCAAAGGCAAACGGGGUGCACAGCUUGCUAAGGAUAUUGCCAAGAGAACAAAAACGUUCACCCCGGGAGCCGGUCUACAAGCUGAAAAGAAGAAAACCGGGCCUUCUCCAGCAGAUGUUGAAGCAAUUAAGAAUGCCAUUGCCAAUGCCACUUCUCUAGAUGAAGUGGAGAGGUUAAAGGGCAUGUUGCAGUCCGGUCAGAUUCCUGGCAGAGAGCGGAAAACAGGACCAGAGGAUGGACCUGAAGAGGAGGAAAUGGAGGAAGACACACCGAUGAAUGGAUUAUAAUUUUUAAUUUUUUUAUUAAAUGAUUAUUGUGUUUUGUUGAUGGAGAAGGCCAACUGUAGAUAAUGCUGUGCUAUCCUGGUAAUGUGGGUAGAUAUUUUCUGUUUUAAGGCUGUCGGGUGAAUCUGUUUCAAGUGAUUGAGAACACUUAAGUACAUUAAACUUUUUUUUCUAAA